AUGGUGAAUGUUCUGAAGCGCAUGCGCGGUCUUCAACCUUUAUUCAGAAUCCGUCAUGGCGAGGGCGCAGCUAUUCUACCUCCUCCACCCUCUCCCCAAUUAACGCGCUUGAGCCUACAAUAUGACCGAAAGCAAUGGAACAAAAGCACGAGACCUGCGAGAAUAUUUCAAAAAGAUCAUCUACCACGACUGAAAUACCACAACCCCGGUCUGCCUGUCAGGGUAGAACAGGGGCCCAGCCGGUUACAAUUGACUUUUGAGAGUGCGGACCAGCAAGCAUUGAAAGAGCUGGAAAGGUCAUCUCUAGAAACGAGUGACGACGGCGAAUAUAGAGAAAUGUGGAGUGAAAUAGAAACGACAUCCAAACCUUCCAACGAGACAACUUCAACUGCACCGGUGUCUUCAUCACAGACCUCUCCUGCGACGCCCAUUUUCACCAGGAGCGUGGAACUGCGGCUAGGGCCACACCAACCCGGGAGCAUAUGGAAAUGGUUCCAGAACACCACAAAAUGCGAAGACUUCCCCGAGAACCCUGAAGAAAAUGAGCAAAUGGAAAGACUCAAGGAGUUCUUUGCAAAGGCAGAAGAGGACAGGCAGCGCGUCAAAGCCGGCAUCGAUGCGAUACGGAAACAAAAAGAGGACUUGAAAAAAGCAAGGGAGGCCGCUGAGAGAAUGGCCAAUGAGGCAUAA